AUGGAGGGGGGCGAUGAAUGGCGAGCGUUAGCUUUUGAGGCGGCUGUAGGACGUCUCUGUCAGCUACGGCAUCAACUAGAGACUCGGAUAAGCGCAAGAUGCAGGGCGUCUUGGGAGGACGCGCACAGUUCCUCACUGAAGCCCACUGACGCCGAGGCAGCCGCGUUAUCUGUGUUCGAUGACGCCUGUGAGAGUGGCUCUCUGUUUGCCUUUGUGACGUCUGACGAUGGGAGUGAGUCUGCCUUGCCGGGGGCGUUGCAGGCGUGUCACGGCUUGUUUGAGUUCGCCGAUCAGGAGAACUCUGUUGUUCUCACGCAUGGAUAUGACUCGCUUGGGAAAGGGGCACACUCCAAUGUGUACCGAGGCACGCUGUGUGUAACAACGGUGAGCGGUGUAACGAGAUAUGAUGCGGCUGUGAAGAUAAAUCGUUUGCACAUGGGCAGUGUCGCUGAGGUUGACCGCUGGAUGCGUCUGGUCCAGCUGUGGCGGUUGGUGAAGCACCCAUGCCUGGCUUAUUGCUACUACGUGGGACUCCCGCCAAUGGAGGGCGAUGAGGAGGUGAUCAGCAUAUACGGUGCUUAUGAAAUUAUGUUGGGUGGCACCUUGGACGCCUCCCUGAAGAGGGAGGAGCGAUUCAGCGAGGAUGUAGUUCGGGCCAUUCUCCUUGAUCUUCUUCAAGCUUUGUACUACCUUCACGAUGAACUCGGGGUGGUUCACAAUGAUGUCAAGCCACAGAAUAUUCUUCUUGUUGUGGAUGAAGCAACCCAGCAAGUACGAUACAAGCUAGCAGACUUUGACCUUUUGUGCCCCAUCACAUUUUCUAGCUCAGAAAUGGUGUUAUCUACGGGGCAGAUAUUGGAUGGAGGUAGGCGUGAUGCCGAUGAGCUCACCUACGGCACACCACCGUAUAUGUCUUUUGAGAGCUGUCGCGGGUUUCCGUUUCUGCCCAAGAACGACAUUUGGUCGGUAGGCAUUUUGACCUAUCAGCUUUCAACGGGAAGGCUGCCGUGGAGUCCGUUGGAGUUGUGUGUGCCGUCGAUGAUUUUGCAUGGCCACCGACAGGACUCUUCAAAUUUAUUUGGGCCAUCGCUGGAGGAGUUCGAGAAGGACUUUUGCCAUGUCUACUCAGAGGAGCUAAAGGACCUGGUGAGGAUUUGUCUUGCUGAUGAGGCCAGUAAGCGACCAACUGCUGCUGCGCUUCUUCAACACUCUUUUUUUUGUUCCUCAGUGAGGUGA